GGCGGUAUGGAUCUAUACAUCUGGCAGUUUGGACUUCAGAACCACAAUGAUUUCUACAUGAAUGAUAAUAUCUUGACUGCAUUCCAGGCUUACACCAAGGUGAUUGUAUUAUGCUAUUUCAACAGCCCUGCUGUAUUUAGCUGGGAGCUUGUGAAUGAU